UGAGUUUCAUAAACAAACAUAAGCAUAGUUAAGUGCUGUGAGAGUGCUGCAUGUGUUGCAUUGCAGGGAUCUUUUUGAGAUAAAAUAAUCAGCCUAAAAAUGCACAGGCUUCCUAGCCUAUAAGGCACAGAUAAAGCACAUUGUCCUGCAAGCAUAGACCUGUACACUGAGUGGAAAUGUUUGCUGUUUUUGCGCACUGCCGUGUUUCCGUGGGUGUGGCUGAAAAGCUUCUGCUUAACCUGGAAGAAGUGUAACCUGAGCUGAGAGAGGGCGGUGGUAGAAAGUAACACAAAUCACAGCAAAUCUCCUUCUCUGUGGCCAGAGGAGUAGAACUCUGUCUGAGGUUUCGUGUGACGGAAAAACAAAACAAUCCUCACUGGAUGGUUUGCAUCUGUGCUGCAACAGAGGAAGAGAUUCAUUGACUGAGCACUUACAUGGAUUUUUGGGUGAUAUCUGAAAAGUUAUCAUGCCAAAUUUAGGAUCAAAGAAGAGAGACAAUCUAUCCAGAAUGGACAGACACGCCGAGGAGCUGCCAAAGCUGAGCAAUGAGCAGCAGCUGAGCAUCAUGAACAUGGUGAAGAACGGAGAGCUGUCCAUCGAGGAUGCUCUGAACCUGGCCAGGAAGGACCAGGUGCUCAAACAGCAGAACCUGCCUGAAGAGCAGGACCAGAAGCCAUCCCAGUACAACUUCAGUGUUCAUAAGCACGGCAGAUACAGGUGGCAGAAGCGAGUCCUUCAGAUUGACUUCAAGACCAAAAUGCUGUGCAGCAUAGAGAAAGGCAUCAUCAAGCGGCAACUCGCCUUCUCCAUCGUCAAGAGUUGUGAUGAUGGCGUCGGUUCCAGGUUCUCCAUUUCCUUUAAAGGACAUCAUGAUUACGAACUGGAGGCCACAUCACUGGAGGACAAACACAAGAUGAUGCAACUUGUGAAUCAGAUCAUUUAUGGGAACAUAUACAGUGACCAUGAGGAGGGAGAUGCAGAAACUCAUCAGCAACCUCAGGCAUCACAGAGCCUUCGAAAAGGCAUCUUGUUACUACACAGAGGAGGACUGGCCUCAUUCAAAUGGGUGAAAUACGAGGUCCAGCUCCACCCAGGCCAGCUAACACUGGUCCCCUACAGGAGUCGAGGCCCCACCGACGGUGAGGUGACAUCCUCGGUGCCCGUGUCCAUUGUGAUUCACCUGUCAGACGGUGACACCAGAGUACAGAAACCUCACAGCCUGGACACUUUCACCCUGAUCACCCACAAAAAUGAGUACCAAUUCAAGGUGCCUGUAUCAGAUCAAACCAGUGCCCAGGGAGCCACCGAGAAGGAGCGAGAUGCUUGGGUCCACGCCAUUCACAAACUGUGUUCAGACUGGAAGAGGAAGUCCAAGUGUGAAAACAUGUUUAUGGAGACAAAUUUUCUACGAAAUCUCAGCAUACCCGAAGACACAGAGGACACCAACACAGAUCUUGAGUCAAGUGGUGAAUUUAGUGGUGGGGAUGUGCCUGUCGUUUAUCCUCCAGUUGAUUAUGCAAAUGAAGAUCCCACUUCUAAAGGUGGAGAUCAUUUAUCAGCCGGCGACAUGAGUCCAACUCAUCCCUCAGCUGAUUAUACAAAGCCUGUUCCUAAACCUCGCAGUGCUGCGAGGACUCCUGCUCAAGUUACCGGACCUGAUGUUUUGCCUCCCGUCCCAGCGGUGACCUCUCCCAGUGUUGUUGCUCCCUCAUCAUCACCCACCUCUCCUCCACCCUCACCCACCCGUACUCCCCUCACAUCCUCCUCCACGGUCCCAGAGACCCUCAAACAUGAAUCAGGCUCAUCAGGUGUGAAAGGGCCCUCACCCCAGAUCAUCCCGGCCGCCCCACCUUUACCCUUCAAACUGAAGACGACUAAAAGAAAAACACGCACCAAGGCUUUCCACUGGGACCUAGUUGGCUCAGAGAAGAUUGCAAAAUCAUUUUGGAUACAAGAAAGCACCAAGAGGAUUGAAAUCGACACAUCACGCUUAUACGAGCAAUUUGCUGUUAAAGAUCUGGGGACGUUUGGUGCGCCUGAGCAGAGUAAUACCCAGCAUAUUAUGCUCAACCAGAAGAUUGCACACAACUUCAACAUUUUCCUCAAAAGUUUUCCAGUUCAGCCGGGAGAGCUGAAGGACAAACUGUUCAUCGUUAACGAGGAAGAUGGAGGCCUGUCUGAUGAGCACAUCACCUCUCUGAGGAGGUAUGUCCCCACCAUGGACGACGUGGAAAUGUACAAAUCCCACAAGGGACCUGUGUCAGAGCUGCAUAUUGUGGACCAGUACAUGAUGGAGAUGUGCAACAUUCCCCACCUGAGCACACAACUGGACCUGCUGCUGAUUCUGAGAGAGCUACCGAUCAGCAUGAGCGACCUGCAGCCUCUGAUUAACCAGAAGAUCAGAAUGUGCACGCAGCUGUGCAACUGCAGGUCAUUUGUUUCCGUGCUGGAGUACCUCCUUGCCAUUGGCAAUUACCUCAACGAGAACGCCGGAAAGGAAAAGGCCAAGGGAUUCCGCCUCUCCUCCUUAACUAAACUCUCCCAGCUCCGUGGUAAUGACAGGAAGUUCACCUUGCUCCAUGCCCUUGUGGAGCAGAUCAUGUUGCAUGAACCGUGCUUGACCACUUUUACCCAAGAGUUGGCAGAAUUUGAAACUGUCCCUGGAGCCUCCAUCAAGGGCCUGACCGCAGAAGUAGACGUCUUGAAGAAUGAACUGCAGAAAGUCAUUCAGUACAGAAAAACAUGCAAGAAGAGAAACGCUGGAGCUCAUAACCCAAACUUCUCCAAAGACCUGAAGACGGCAAUUGAGAAAUACAACACGGAUCUCACGGCACUGACGAAGACGUGUGAGGAGAUGAAGAAACUCUACUCUGUCAUACUGGUUAGAUUUGGGGAACCGGCGGAUGUAGACUCACAGGAGCUCUUUGGGUUGAUCUGUCAGUUCGUCCACGACUUCAAGAAGACACAUACUGAAAUUGUAUGAGUUAUACUGUUCGACUGUGACUGUCACUGUGCUAUGGUCUGGCGAUCUGUCCACGGUGUACCCCGCCUCUCUCCCAAUGUCAGCUGGGAUAGGCUUCAGCCACCCUGCAACCCUUAAGGAUAAGCGGUGUAGAUAAUGAAUCAAUGGAUGGAUGUAACUGUCACAAGUUUAGAUAUCCAGCUCUCCCUGAAAUCCUUUGGCCUGCAAGCUCUUUUCCCUCCAAACCAACCAGGGAAUGGAAACUGCUGAGAGUGAAAUAAUGAUCUUUUCAACUGAUUGUUUAGUUACCUUAUACCAGUUAUUUUGUUGUUGUUUCAUUGUUGCAUAUUUUUGCCUGGUUUCUGAAUGUUUAUUUCUGUAAUUCAUCUGUCCAUCCAUCCAUUUAAACAUCUGCCUGAGCAUCUUACGUCUGACAAAUAAAAAUGUCGGAAAGUC